GCAGGACAGGGAGAACCUAGCCCCAGGACAAAAGGGAGAGCCCGGAGAGCAGGGACCAAAGGGAGAUACGGGGGGAACGAGGAUCGCCAGGGGUUCCGGGGGAACAAGGUUUAAUGGGGGCCAAAGGAGAGCCAGGAGAUGUCGGACCGCCAGGACGGCAGGGGGACCGGGACCUCCAGGACAACUGGGGGAGAUGGGGGCCCCAGGAGAUGUGGGGGAACCAGGACCUCCUGGUGAAACAGGAGCUAAAGGAGAAUUGGGAGAUUUUGGACUGCCGGGACCGAAGGCGAAGGGAGACAGGGGUCCAGAUGGGUGAGCCGGGACCAGGUGGACCUAUUGGGCCAAGAGGGGAGAGGGGUGAGGAUGGGAGCAGAGGAGAGAAAGGGGAGAGUGGCAGCGAUGGUAUCCCUGGAGGACUAGGAGUGAAAGGAGACAUAGGAAUCAAAGGAGAUCAAGGAGAUCGAGGACCAAAAGGACUCAAUGGAAAUCCAGGGCGACCAGGUGAUCCCGGACCUCCUGGAGAGAGGGGACCCAAUGGACGAUCAGGAGAUACAGGGGACCGUGGACCCCCGGGACCCGCGGGGGACUCGGGACCACGAGGAGUCAGAGGACCCCAAGGUUCCUCCGGAGAAUCAGGGGAACCGGGACAGAAAGGAGACAUGGGGGAACCGGGCCCCGCUGUACCAGGGGACCCAGGACCAAUCGGGGCGAAAGGAGACCGAGGGGAUCGAGGGGGACCAGGCGACAUCGGACCAGCAGGACCAAGGGGGGAACCAGGUGCACCGGGAGACAGAGGAUCAAGAGGUGACGUGGGGAUCAAAGGAGAGAUAGGAGCACCUGGACCAACAGGACAGACUGGUUUCACCGGAAGCAAAGGAGAGAGAGGAGAUAGUGUAGUUGGAGCAAAAGGUGACAGGGGAGACGGAGGUGGCGCGACCUACGUGAGGUGGGGGAAGAGAACGUGCCCAGACACAGACGGAACCGAAAUAAUUUACAAUCGGAACUGCAGCCAGCAGCCAUCACUACGAAGGGGGAGGCGGAAUUACCAAUGUCUCACCAAUCAACCCGGCCCAUUUCGACUUGGGCGGCAAAGGCGGGCGCGAGGAUGCCGGGUACAUAUAUGGAACUGAGUUUGAGGUCUGGGGAAACGUGCCAGCGGCUAGUCUACCGCUGACCAAUCAGAACGUCGCGUGCGCCGUGUGUUACGUAACGCGGGGAGCCGUCGUGAUGAUCCCGGGAACGUACAUCUGCCCUCUCGGGUGGAGGAGGGAGUACCACGGUUACCUCAUGUCCGAACGCCACAAGAACAGACGAUCGACGUUCGAGUGCGUGGACGCAUCGCCCGACAUUCUGCCUCAGCGCGAGCAGGAUAUUGACAGAGAGGGAGACGACGACGGAGCGUUGUUCUACCACGUGGAGCCUCGCUGCGGCAGUCUGCCCUGUCCGCCGUACGACGAACAGAGAGAAGUAACCUGCGUCGUGUGCAGUCGCUGAAAAAUUGGCGCAGACGACACGGAACAUUCUUUUCAGAGACAUUAUUAUUAGAACUAGCUAGUGAGGAUAAAAAUCAUUUUCUUGCCUUGUCUUGUUAGAUAGAAGAGCGCUCACACAUGCAAUGCGUGCAGCCUAUAUAAUUGUUUACUGCUUGAAAACAUUGCUCGCUACAGUGCGGUGACAUCUGUACUGUAUUAGCUACCUGCUUAAUUGGG